AAGGCCACGACCAAUGUCAGUCGGCUUCGGAUGCGCGAGCGCACUCUACGUAUAUUAAUAUAUAUUUUUAUUGCAAAUUGUUAGUCUGUCACCAUGGUUUCAGCUGUGAUUAAGUUAAGUGCGGUGAUGUUGCUGGUUGGAGUUUGUUUUGCUGACAUUAGCCUGAAACCGGUCACAGAAGUGUGUCUGGGAUGUAUCUGCCAAGCGGUGUCGGGCUGUAAGAUUGGUACCACCUGCGACGGCAACGCUUGUGGCCUGUUCAGAAUCACGUGGGCUUACUGGGCUGAUGCCGGCAAACCAACGCUGAAUGGAGUUUCUCCUGACUCCACCGACGCAUAUUCAAGCUGCACCAAUGACCCGCACUGUGCUGCCGACACUGUCCAGGGAUACAUGAGGAAAUUCGGACAGGACUGCAAUGGUGACGGAGUGGUGAACUGCUACGACUACAUGGCAAUCCACAAGCUGGGAGGAUACGGCUGCACGGCUGACUUACCGUUCCAGUACGUGAACGUAUUCAACCAAUGCGUGGCCGCGGUCGCACAGGCUCAACAAGGCUGAAAAUAACAUCAGAGCAUUUUAAAAAUAGAACACAAUAAUUUUAUGUAUCUAAAUUAUUUUUAACUGGCAACUCAUAACAUUUACACUACUCUUGGGAUAAAAGCAAAAUGUCACUUUAAUGUCGCGUUUCUGUCUACGCGCAAUUUAGUGCGAUGUCACGUCUAUUGCAGUGUAUCAAUGUGGUGAGGUGACAGGUAAAAAUUGAUGUACUUGAAAAAAUAAUACGUAAUAAAAUAGGUAUCUAGGAAAACAGUAAUAAUAAGGUUCCAACUUCCAAAUAGGCACGAAAGUUUGAAAAACACAAAAAUUAAUGUAACAUCGUAAGAAAUCUGCUAUGUGUUAUUUAAAUUAUCAAAAAAAAAAUUAUUGAAUGAUUUAUUCCUAAUUUUUUAAAAUUAAAAAAGCCAUGUUUCGAUUUAAAAAAAAAUACCUGCCAUAUAUUUUUCUUUGAUUUUUAAGAACUUUAGCGAAGAUAUGAAUAAAAUCUUUAGAGGUAACCAAAAAAAACGAAUAAAAUUUAAAAUGCGUUAAUUUUAGGUUAGAUACUAAUAAAAAUAAAUAGUCAUUUACUAGUUUUUAUAUACCUACAUGAUAAUUUGUAAAAAUAGAGAACGAGGAGAGUCUCAAAUCAAAUAGCGCCUCCUUCAAUAAUAAUAAUUAAUUAAUUAAAUAAACAAACAAUAAACAGAUCAUCUUCUAUACUAUUCUGUACUUAUGUUAGUACAAAUCAUAAUCUAAGUUAAUAAAAAAAAUAUACAAAACUAAAAA